AUGAACUAAAUGUACGAUUUAGACAGAGAUAAAGAGAUCAAACUUAGACUCCAGGAAAUCAUGAACAAAUACAAUAUCAAGCAAGUUGAGGUUGCAAGAGAAACUGGAAUUCAUCAUUCUUCUUUGUCUUUGUGGCUUCAAGGUAAAAUUAAGGGGCAUAUGGUAAAGAUAUCUGAGACUAUAGAGAACUACCUUGAAAAUUUUAUGUCAAAUAAGCCCAGAAUGAAUACCAUGCACAUCUCUAAGCUGAAUUUGCUAAAGUCUCCCAAUAACAGACUAGAUGAAGAUCUGGAUCAAAACAAUGGCUUUGGCUCGUUAAUUCCUAUUAAGAUGGACCUUGAGAUAGAGCAGAAGAGACUCAAAGAAAAUUUCUUAUGGGAUAAGAAUGAGCCUUACUUAACUCUGGAGAACUUUGCCAAAAUCAUGGUAGAAGAACACAAUUUACCAGCUUCAUAUGAAAAUGAAAUCAUCAACUCAAUGAAGAAAUAGAUAAAUGCCUUCAGAGGGUACAAGCCAGUAGAAGGCGAGCUUAUUAGAGUGAUCAAGCUUAAUGUUAGAAUUGGGAAUAUAAUUUUGCGCGAUUAAUUCGAAUGGGAUAUUAAUAAUCCCAGAAACUCACCAGAGACUGCACAUUAAGAUAAGCGAAUGCAAGUUUACUAUAACAAGAGUAAUGACUAUUAAUAUGGCACCUCCACAAGAGGAUAUGGUAUCCAGGACUCAUUAAGGCUAGGCGGAGGUCCAUAAGAUCUAGGUGAUGGUGUAAAGACUAUGAUCAGAAGUCUAGACCAAUUAUUACAGCCAGCCUAAUAGAAUGUUAGUAAGUUCUUUCAGCCGAGUCCGAUUGAUGAGCCAUUCAAUGGAUGGGCUCCAGAUGUUCAAAUUCUUACUGAAAGUGACUUAAAGAAGAUCGAGAAGCAAGAAGAAAGAAAAGCGAGAUACGAUAAGAGGAGAAGAUGA